GGUAUCUGGCUGCCUUUCUCACGUUUCCUCUCUCUCACAGUUCAACGCCACCGAAGACCUUCCUGUCGCCACUACCACCACCUCGACGCGCCUCUGCUUCGAGCAGAGCUGUACGCUUCGUUUCUCUGACCAGUCCUCCGCGACGAUCGGCCGUCGAUUCGAGUAGCUCCGCCGCGAUCGCGAACGGAGAGAUGGGGGAUCAAUUGGCGAGAGGGGACGAGUACGAGAAGAAAGCGGAGAAGAAGCUGAACGGCUGGGGGCUGUUCGGCUCCAAGUACGAGGACGCCGCCGAUCUCUUCGACAAAGCCGCCAAUUGCUUCAAGCUCGCCAAAUCCUGGGACAGAGCUGGAUCAACUUAUAUAAAGUUAGCAAAUUGUCACUUAAAGUGUGAAAGCAAGCAUGAAGCUGCCUCCUCUUAUGUUGAUGCUGCCAAUUGCUACAAGAAAACAUCCUCCAAGGAGGCUAUAACUUGCUUGGAGCAGGCUGUGAAUUUGUUCAUGGACAUAGGGAGGCUCAAUAUGGCUGCGAGAUAUUACAAGGAUAUUGGUGAGUUAUAUGAGUCUGACCAGAACCUUGAACGUGCUGUUGACAAUUUUGAGAGGGCAGCUGAGCUCUUUGAAAGUGAAGAAGUGACCACGUCUGCCAACCAAUGCAAGCAGAAGGUUGCACAGUUUGCAGCUCAACUAGAGCAAUAUCAGAAAGCUAUUGAGAUUUAUGAGGAGAUAGCACGUCAUUCUCUGAAUAAUAACUUACUGAAGUAUGGAGUGAAAGGACAUCUGCUAAAUGCUGGCCUUUGCCAACUCUGCAAGGGCGAUAUAGUUGCAAUAUCAAAUGCACUGGAACGCUAUCAGGAACUAGAUCCAACUUUCUCGGGAACACGUGAAUGCAGAUUACUAAAGGAUAUCGCUGAUGCAAUUGAUGAAGAAGAUGUCGUGAAGUUUACUGACGUUGUGAAGGAGUUUGACGGCAUGACUCCUUUGGAUUCAUGGAAAACAACUCUUCUGCUGAGGGUAAAGGAAAAGCUGAAGGCCAAGGAAUUAGAGGAGGAUGAUCUCACAUGAUUCUUCCAUGUUACUUUCUUUGAUAGCUGUCCAUUUUAACUGUUCGAGUGUGUGGUCUGUCUGUGUCGAUUAUAACGUUGAGAUUGCUUGGCUUUCUUGAUGUUUUCUUUUACUCUUGGGGGCUUGGAUUUGCAAAUAUGUGCUUGAUAACUCUUAAGUACUAAUGACUUUCGAAUAAUAUUGACUUCUACAUAGUAAA